UCAGCCGGCAUUCCCAGGAAAGCUAGGAGACGAGGAAACGCGGCGAAACAAUGCUACCAUUCCAAUUCCGAUAAUUGUUUCCGUUUUUCUUUGGGCUCCACGGUCACCUCGCAGAACCCAAAGGGAGAGGCUGUGCAAGUUACCCGGUACGGUAUCUGUGCCAGGAUGGGUUCCAGAGAUGGCGCCGAGCCCCUGAGCAUCUACUCCCGCUGGUACCUCUACGCCAUCCAUGGCUACUUCUGCGAGGUGAUGUUCACUGCGGCCUGGGAGUUCGUGGUGAACAGGAACUGGAAGUUCCCCGGGGUCACCAGCGUCUGGGCCCUCUUCAUCUACGGCACCUCCAUCCUGGUGAUGGAGAAGAUGUACCUGCUGCUGAGGGGCCGCUGCCCCCUGCUGCUGCGCUGCCUUCUCUACACCCUCUGGACCUACGCCUGGGAGUUCUCCACGGGCUGGCUGCUGCGCCAGUUCAACGCCUGCCCCUGGGACUACAGCCCCUUCGACUACGACUUCAUGGGCCUGGUGACGCUGGAGUACGCCCUGCCCUGGUUCUGUGCCUCCUUCCUGGUGGAGCGGGUGAUCGUGCGCAACACGCUGCGCCUGCGCUACGAGGGCGCCGGCGAGGGCGGCCGGGCCUGGGACCUGGUGUCUCGCUGUUUCCCGAGGCGGAAAGCGCAGUGACCUGCAGACCGAGGGCACGUGCAGCCAUCACGUGGGUUUUUUUUUUUAAACGUUUUGUCAUUACAUGUUGACAUGUUGUCAUUUUGAUACCGGUGCCUACAACCUAAACUGUGCAUAACUCAGAUAUUUAAUACUGGUGCCUGCAGCCUGGCUGUUCCCUGAUAAUCCAGUCCAUGUUUGUGGGGAUGUGCCUGUCUGUGUACUGUUAUACUCUAUAGAGAGCCCUGCCAUAUUAAAAUGGGCACAUCCCCAAAAUUGAGAUACUGCGGUUUCCAGUAUCUACGAUGCAUCUGUGCCUGUGGUACACUUUUAACCCUCCCACAUAACCGUCUCCAAGCUCUCAUGAUGCAGACAACCCAGCUGCUAGAUACUGGUGUGGUUGUGUUCCCCCCCCCCUCUUCCUGUUCUGUGUUUUGUCACCAUGCAGUUUCCAUUUCAGGGCUGUUCAUUGGAAUAAGGCAGGUGCUCUAGAAAUACUUGUGUUCAACGGGUUUUUGGUCAGACUUCUGUCAAGUUAGCUCUAUUCUUUGUUUCAUGUGUGAGCAAAGGACCAAUCCUUUCAAGUGCACUUGGAAUUCUAGGAAUACGAUUUACAUGAUUGCCCGAAGGCAAACAUGGGUUUUGGAUACUAGUAGUAAAGGUUUCCUGUCUUGGCAGGCUUCUUGGCUUCUCUCAGUGAUCAGGGGACCUUUAGAUUAAAGACCGCAGUGUGUUUUUUUUUUUUCAGCCUGUCUUGUGAAGUGUCAUCUGUUUUCAAAGCCAAGAAAAAUGAAACACCUGGAUUGGCGGCAAGAAUUUCAUCCUAUUUUUUACAAAUCGCUUUCUUUUUCUGUUUUGAACUUGCAGUUUUUGUAGAAAAAUACUUGACCCACUGCCUGGUCUCCAAAACUAAGGGUCAUAGAAGAAAAUGUUAUUUCCAAUUUGAUACAAGAAUCUGUUUCUUUUAAACUGAAGACUGGCAGAUUUCAUUUUGCCCCUUGGAGGAAAUUAAUUCAAAGUCACCAUUGUUCAUAUUUUGGUUUGCAUCCUAAAUAAAUUCAGUUUGGCCGCAAACCAUAAAAUAACCUUGAUAGAAAUGUGCCAGUGCAAACUGCAAAGAAAUAAGUAAAGGUUUAUUUCAUCCUGAAAAGAGAAGAAACGCAAUGUUUAAGACGUGGAGCCUUUUUCACAUGUAUAAAAGUUAAGCUAUUGUAGCUUAUUGCAUUAUAAAUACUUAUAAUUAUGACUAUUCAAAAAAUAUAUAUUUUCAAAGAACAAGUGACCAGAAAUUAUUGAUUUUUUUUUCAUCAGUAGCAAAACUAUUUUAAUGAGAUAUGCACCACAAGUAAGAACACGUCUUUCAGAAUGCUUGAAAGUCUUAUAAUACUUGAGCCUGUUUAAUAUCAAUUAUAUAAGCUCUCGAGGCUGCAAUAAGGGUUUAUAUUAUUUUCGUGCUGUUCCUGCAGAACCUUGAAUCAGAAAAGCUCGGUUUAAAAGUCAUAGAGGAGUACAAAUGAAACUCACAAGUAGAACACAGCAAUGGUAAUUAUUAUGCUGGAUGCAUCAUUACUGAGACAUCUCAGCAUGAAUUUCAAUCUCCCUGGUAUGAUCCAAGUCUUGAAAUAUUUGGUGAUUCCAAAUCAGAUCAGCACAUAUUGGAAAAAUAUGUAUAUAAUGAAAGCAAUUGGUGACUCCAAUUUAAAAAAAAAUACUUUUAGAGAGCCUACAGUCACAAUGCCAGACACCCUGACGUUGGAGGGAACUAAUCUGGAGUUGAACUGGAGCUCAGAUCACCUAGGAUAAUACUUAGACAAGGCUGCUGGAGAAGUAAUAAUAAUAAUAAUAAUAAUUGCUUACACUUAUAUAGCGCUUUUCUGGACACUCCACUCAAAGCGCUUU